CGAUGAAGUGCAGUGUGCAUGUCAAGUCUUUAUCACGAAAAAAGACUUCCUGUUUCUUUCUGCUGACUCAUAUGAUGAGACAUUUACAAAAAAUAUAAUAACAAGUGAUUCUGGAAUACCAAUUUUUCCUGUUCUGCAGUUAUUGUGAGUGAAAGUUGUUCCUGUUAGUGAAAAUCCGCUUUCAAUUUUGAGUAAUUAAUACCAUUUCUGUUGGAAGAAAUUGAUGCUGUAACAAAUGAAGCAUUUUCUGGAGGACGCUCUUAUGUUUCCCAAAACCCAAAGAAAGAAUUUUCAAGAUCGAGUGACUCAACUUGAGAACUCUGAUUUUUGCCUAACUUUAUUGAUGGCAACAUCUUCUGUAGAUGUUCCUUCUAUGAACAGAAAAAUGUCAAAUAUCGGCUAUCUCUAGAGUUUGGAUCACAUAAAUCGCACCAACAAAUUCAACAUGUCUAGUGGCAACAUUUCACACAGCCAAAAUUGCUUACAACUUGUAAGCACGUAUAUAUUAUGAUACAAUAAACAUUGUUUAAAAAAAAACACCUCAAAAUGGAAGCCACUGAACGGACUCACAUGAGCAUUGCUCGAGAGAUCGGUAUAAGACUCAACUUUCAGGAUGUUCCAAAUGUUCGUGGACUCGACAAUGAACCAGAUUUUAGAACAAUUUCCAGAAUGGAUAACAUUCCAAAAAAUUUAGAAGAAGAAGAAAACCUUUUUCUCUUAAUCGCCAAAGGAAUAGUGAUAAUAAAUAUCAUAGUAACUGCCAUUCUUGGUAACGUUUUAGUAAUUGCAAGUGUGAGGCGUCACAGAAAAUUGCGAGUGACAACCAAUCGUUAUGUGGUCAGUCUUGCAGCAGCUGAUCUACUUGUUGCAAUGUGUGCAAUGACCUUCAAUGCUUCCGUCUUACUUUCUGGAAGAUGGAUUUUCGGAAGGUUCAUGUGCAAUAUGUGGAACUCUCUGGAUGUUUAUUUCUCGACAGCAUCGAUCUUGCAUCUUUGCUGUAUCAGCGUGGACAGGUAUUGUGCGAUUUUAAGACCACUGGAAUAUCCAACUAUCAUGAAAGGAUUCACUGUCUCGUGUAUGAUUUCCAGUGCUUGGGCUCUACCAGCACUCAUCAGUUUCUUCCCAAUUUUCAUGGGAUGGUACACUACAAAAAGACAUUUAGAAUUUCUUGAAGACAAUUCACAGGUUUGCGUCUUCGUUGUCAACCGACCAUACGGUUUGAUAAGUUCCUCCGUCUCAUUCUGGAUACCAGGGAUUGUAAUGAUUAUCAUGUACUGGAGGAUCUAUAAGGAGGCUGUGAGACAAAAAAUCCUCUUGAGCAGAGCCUCGAGUAACAGUAUUCUCAACAGCAUUCGCCAGCAUAAUUCCAGAACCAGAACUUCCCAUCAACUUUUACUACACCAGAAUGCCAGUGAUUCUCUCAGAAGCAAUUACAGAGUAUCGGCGAUUGAGUUAAAUGCCGAGAACGGCACAACGAUACGACAGCAAACGAAAAGUUGGAGAGCAGAGCACAAGGCUGCUAGAACCCUUGGCAUCAUUAUGGGCGCGUUCCUUCUUUGCUGGCUUCCUUUUUUUUCCUGGUACUUGACGGCCUCUCUUUGCGCUGAAGCUUGUUACUUUCCCGAAGCAGUGGUCUCCGUCCUCUUUUGGAUAGGGUACUUUAACAGCGCCUUGAAUCCGUUGAUUUACGCAUACUUCAAUCGCGACUUUCGCGAGGCCUUCAAAGACACACUCAAGAGUGCUCUGCCCUGCUGUGAAGGCUGCUGGAAAACACCCUCGCAGUUUGUCUAGCGAAGAGCGACUUGCCGAUCCAGAGCUAAUAUGGAAUCGACAAGACAAUUCAGACCGCGCUGUUGACUUAUUUGGAGAUAAACCAAGAAAAAGAAAAUAGAAGAGGCAACCCGCCAGCGGAAUUUUAUGGCGUAAUAAAAAUCGCCCAAGCUCAAGAUAGUGUUGUAUAAAAUUGCUUUUAGCAGAUUAGCAUCUUAUGUAAAUAGGAAAUUGUAAACGGAAUUUCGACUGACGUAAUUCUAUAUUAUUUAACAAAAUUUUUGUUUAUUAAAAUUUAUUUAUCAAUUUAUUAAUUUUUUUUAGAUUUACAUUUAUUUAUUUUUUUAUUUCGAAGUGAAAAAUAUUAAUUGAGGAGCAUAUCAUUACUCUUUUUUGUACAUAUAAAUAAAUUAUAGGCCUAUCUGUAUCAUCGAAGAUAAAUUUAAAAGUUUUUACAUGAUCCAAAGAGUAGAUGAAUUAUAUAAUAGCUAUUUCGAAAUUUGAAGAAAAAAAAAUCAACUUGCUAAUAGAAUUCCGUGGAAAUGUUAAUAAAAUUUGUAAUAGUUUUUUUUCACUGGCUAUUAGGAUAUUUGAAAAAGUCAGUCUAAUUUUGAAGUAGUGUAAAAUAAAGUUUCGAUUAAAAAAAUAGCCAUUAAGAUACUAUAUAAAAUAGUUAAUACAUAAUUAUAAAAUUCAUGUAAAAGUGAAUUUUUCGUUUUUUCUUAACAGUUAGAAAUUCCUCCCUGAUUUUACAAAAAUGUAAUUUAUUCAUCAAUUUAUUCAG